UUUGAAAAUUUUGGUUUUGGCCGGCUGUUCCGGGCGCAUAGAAUCGAUGUGCAAUGGAUUCCUACAUGCUCACAAAACGCGAUCGCAGUGUAGUGCAACUUCAGGUGCAUUAAUUGCGCCAGUUGCCUCGGCAGUACGCAGUAAGGGCAGGGGGAGGGGCCAGCUCGACAGAAGCUUGCGUUUCCAUACUGCUGUUACUUUUGAGAUGAGGAGGCGAGCAAACAAACUCGCACGCAGUAAUCAGGACUUUUAGUAGUAAGAAAGAAGGCUUACUCCUGCUGAAAACAAGCAAUGUGGCAAGCAAGGUCUUUUCGGAUCCACUUAUCUGCCUCUGGCAGCAAGGAGCAUGAGCAGUGCGCGGCAGAAUUGCGGCUGUGUCACCACGCCUUGAUACUUAAUCAAAAACUGGCGUCUCCCCCUCUCCCUUUGUCUCCUAUUAUUGUGACCAUCAGACAAGCGGGCAAAGCGGUGGGAAAUGCGACCUUUAAAUCCUUCUCAAAAGAAACAAAGAAUCCUGUGCUUUCAGAUGUGCAAAUAUUGGAUUCAAGGCUGCUUGCAGAUGGGAAUCGCAGGGACCUUCCACUUUUCCAUUACUUUUGGCCCUCGUCGCCAACAAAUUCAAGAGUGCUCAAUAGAAAUUCUUUCGAAUUCGAACUCACUCCAUUGAAUCUGCAACAGCGGCAGUCAGUCGAUCGCAGCGCUACAACUGGAAUCACAAACAACGGUUUACCGAACAAUACCCCAUUGGACAAUAAAAUCAACGAAAUGAGAGGCGGUCACUACACAAACAGCGUUGCUACCACUGCCGCCAGUGGUAAUGGCCGGCGAAAUAGCAUUUUUCGUCGAAGCGACGGCGAUGACAACAUCCGUGUCUCGACUCCAGACCAGCCGCUUCUGGAUACCAGGGAAUCUCGGAGCAGCUCGAUGGACGCAGACAGCGACCUGCAGCGGCGGCUGUCGUCGGUGUCUUCAUCGGGCGAGAUGACCGAGUUUGAGCGCGCCUUAGGUCAGAGCCAGCGCGGAUACCAGGUCCUGGCUUUGGUGUGUGCCUUGCUUAUUUCAGGUAAGACCUUGGUGUGGUUUUUGUGCUAUGCCCUUUGAAAGCAUAUUUGUCAAGAUGACUGCGCAAACGACGUGGGGGUGGUGCCUUUUUUUACAGCGGGAAGGGUCACAACGCAGUGGGUGAUAUGCAGGGGAUUAGUUGCUUUUGUAGCCAAACAAACUACCCAAACGAAGCCAAGGUUGUGUGUGCGGGGGAAAUAUUAAGCGGAUGAGCAAUUUCCCCAGGGUUGGCCGCUGUAACGGAUAAAGAGCGCCUGUCAUUUUGGCAGUCAGCAGCAUCCGAUUGACACAGGGUUCCCCCGCUGUCCCUGUUUUAAUGGACUUUCCGGCCGGUCAGAUGCCGCUGCUGCUUCGGCUUCUGGAAUUGCCGCUGCGGUUUACUCCUUAAUUGCAGCC